AUGGUGGAAUACUUCCUUCUGGCCUUGGAGCCUACUUACUUUGGCCAUCUGAUCUCGGCCAUAGGUAAGUCUUUCAAUGAAGUAGUAAAAAUGGGAAGAAUGGUAGAGGAAGGGCUCAAAUUAAGAAAGAUCAUGAGCUACUCUGUCAUCAAAGCAACUAUGCAAGCAAUCCAGAAUGGCACUGGAGGCAUGCUAGGGAAAAAAAAGAAAGAGGAUAUCGCUAUGGUCGUCUUAGGAUCGUGGCAUGGCCCAGGGGGUUCUCCUACCCACUACACCCAACCUCGACUCCAGCUUCAAACUUAUACCCCAACUCCAUAUAAUCCACCCCAACACUACUUCCCACCACCAGAGCCUCAGUAUUCUAUCAGGCCACCCCAAUAUCAUGUCCAUCACGCACAGUCAUAUGCUCAACCCCCUCCUCACCUGCAAUGGCAUGCCCCAGCUCCACGAAACCCUUACCCACCUCCACAAACAUAUCGAAACCCCACUGGUCCAAACUUUCGGGGCAAGCUAGAAUUUAAAAAUGAAAGGUUGCAGCGGAAGAAAACUUUCACCCCGCUUGGGGAAUAUUAUAGCAGCUUAUUUCAAAGGUUGAGGCAGUUGGAUGUUCUGUGGACAAUUGAAUCAAAAAUACCAAACCCCCCUCCAAAGAACCUGAAUUAUUCUCUCAGAUGUGCGUGUUGCUCUAAUGCUUGGGGGCACGACACAGAAAAGUGUUGUCACUUGAAGAAUGCCAUCCAAGAGCUUAUUGAUACGAACCAAAUUGUUGUCGAGAGCCCAGAAGCACCCAAUAUCAAUCAGAACCCAUUGCCAGCCCAUGCUGAAAUACACAUUAUUGAGAUAGUGCACAAGGAUGGGGAGCCCAAGAAACCUUCACAAUCCGUCAUGAUGAUCCGGUCUAGUGAAAAAGAGUUAAGGAAAGCUAAAACACUCAGAGACAAUCCAGUUCUAGUGAUGAAACUGGUCACUGAAGAAGAGGCGGAGGAGUUUUUGAGAAAAAUGAAGGUGCAAGAUUACUCCAUCGUGGAACAGUUGAGAAAGACUCCUUCUCAGAUUUCCCUGAUAUCAUUGUUGAUCCAUAUAGAUGAGCACCGCCAGGCCCUGAUGAAGAUUCUGAAUGAAGCUCAUGUCCCCGACAUAAUCAUAGUGAACCAUUUGGAGAAAAUUGCUAAGAAAAUAUUUGAGUCUAACAGGAUCACAUUCUCAGAGGAUGAGUUGCCUUUAGAGAGUACGGACCACAAUCGAGCCCUCUAUCUCCCAGUGAAAUGCGAAAAUUCUAUGGUCACAAGGGUGUUAGUUGAAAAUGGUUCCAGUGCAAACAUUUGCCCUCUCUCUACUCUAAACAAGUUAAAAUUUGAUGAUGAGAGGAUCCACAAGAACAAUAUAUGUGUCCGAGGUUUUGACGAAGGGGGAAAAGACUCUAUUGGCAACAUCAUGCUCGAAUUGACAAUCAGACCAUACCAUGGAGUUCCAAGUACUGGAUGUGGCUGUUUCUUACAAUUUGUUGUUGGGUAG